UCAAGUUGCAUACUAAAAUCGAAAUUUUACGUUAUUCAUAUGUACUGUAUUUAUACAUAGAAAUUAUAAUCUAGGAUACUUCAGAGCAGUAUUCGACGCAUUUUCUUUGUUAUUGACGCAUUAAUCUCUGUUUUGUUGAAGAUGGAUGAUUCCAUGGAGACCCCGGAGCAGCUUCCCGUCUCAACCGGGCUGCCUCGUACCACACCCCCAUCGUCUCCGGAACGUGUGCGUUAUCGUAAGAGUGGUAAACCGUUGACGUCUGAUAUCGGAGAGAGUGACUCGUCUUCCGAUGAAGAGAGCGUAAGCAUUCGACCACCGACCCCAGUCCGACAGCUGCCUCCCGAGCAGCAUGUGCGCACGCCUUCACCUCCGCUGCCGUUUGAUCCAGUGCAUCGCGUUGAGUUUUCAGCGGGUGAUGGUGUUCCUAAAAUUGGUUUUAAUGCUGCUGAAUUUUCACACGAUACCCAGAUGGCUGCAAUCAGACUGAUGGGUGCGUGCAUUUACGUUGGGCCAGAGGCAGAAGAACUGCACCUUGAUCACCAGUCAGACGUGGCAGAUAGCCGCGCCGAGCGGGAGGCGCACGAUGAUGAGUACGAGUUGGACGCCUUCACGGAUCAUCCAGUUGAACCAAGCGCAGACCCGGACCGUGUUCCGCAGAUCGGUGCUAGUGCCGACCCACGCGACCGCUCCACUCGCCGCCCGGAUCCAUCGCGCAUUGUGACGAAACGGCUCGGUCGUGCUGCAUUACGUGACAAGUAUCGCCAAAUGAACCCUGUAGAAGUUUUUCUGCCGCGGCUAGCAUUCCAACGCGUUGUGCGUGUGCUCACCUGGACGAGGAAUCCAGAAAUGCGCAUGCAAGUUGGAGCACUUGGUCUACUACAGGAAGUGGCCGAGCGCUUCGUAAUCGAGUGCUUGACGAAAGGAGCAGCGUGUGCCGCACAUGCCAAGCGGAAAACUUUGCGGCGUGAAGACACGGCUCUGGCACAGUAUGCGCGGGGUGAAAACUGGCUGAAUAUUAAGGAAUUUAACCCCCAUGGCACGUUGGACCAGUUCCUAGAGUACCUGGAGGAACUACGGUUGGGACGUAUUCCCGUGUCAGGUCCCAGUCCCGAGCGUUCUGCGUUGUCGGCUGCACUGCCCGUAGUGGUUCAACGUGCAGGAAAGCGUCCCAUGGUGAUGGAAUCGUCUUCGGACGAUGAGAGUGACACCCACGUGCAGGCACCACCGGCCCCGACUCAACAUAAACGUGGCGCCGGCUCCAUCCGCGGGACCGCUAUUCUUGGCAAGCGUGUUGCCGUACCUGUACGAGUGCUUCCACCGGCACCAGCGACUGCUGAACCUGAAGAAGCAUCGGGACCAACCGCGGCAAAUGCUCGCGGCUCCGUUGCUGCCAAAAGCAACUGGUUAAGCGCGCGUGAAUUGUCGGGCAUGAAGGUGCAGAGCACUCGGUCUCCCUUUACGAACAUGGGAACUGCUGUAUGCUCACGUGGAGGACGGCGUGGUCGAGCACCACGUGGAAUGCGUGGAUCCCACAGUACACGACCAGCUCCACCAGCCCGUGCGCAGUCACCGAGUCCAUCCCCAGCACGCUCUGUUCAACCAGGUACUGCUGUAUGCUCACGUGGAGGACGGCGUGGUCGAGCACCACGUGGAAUGCGUGGAUCCCACAGUACACGACCAGCUUCACCAGCCUGUGCGCAGUCACCGAGUCCAUCCCCAGCACGCUCUGUUCAACCAGUUCGUCGUCGUGGCACGGGUGGCGCCAAGCGCAUUUGCUUGGGACGUCCUAAUGGAGUGAAUCCGAGCCUGCCGGCUUCCGCACUUGCCCAAACAGCUCCUGCGCCACGAAGUGCAACCCCAUGGCUGGAUGCGCUGGGAGGACACAGUUCUGAUAUGGCAUUUAUGCGGGAGCGUGGACGUGAUGUCGCUGUCGGUCCUGUUCAGCAGCCAGCGCCUCAACUGUUGGGUGGCUUUGUCGCACCGAAUGGAUGCGUUGUGCAGCGUCCGAUUGUGGAUAUGCACCCGAACAAGAACCGUGGUGGCAGACGCAAGCUGUAGUGCAAUGUACAUACGUGGGUCGGAGCGUGGAUAUGCGGAUUCAUCAUUGCUAUUUGUUAAUGCAUCGGUUGUGGUCAUGUCAUGUGUUUUUGUUGUGCGCGUGGUGACAGGGAUGAUUUGUUGUUUUUAGUUAUGCGAGCGGUACCGGGGUUAAAUGUUGUAUGCGUGGCACGGGGAUGUUACUCUGGGAUAAAAUUGUUGCAUGUAGCGAACAUUGUUAUUGCAUAUGAUCCAUUGCGGAAGUGGUACGGGGUUCAUCUUUCAUGUUUUUGGUGACAAGGAUAAAAGAGUGCAAAUUUUUCAUUAAAAUUACUG